AUGUCUACUGCUGGAUUUAGCAUAGCUCGCCAGAUAAAACUGGUCUUAGACAAAAUGGAGGCAGCUGCUCUCAGACGACCAGAAAGCCUUCAAUAUGCAAAACCCAGACUUGUUGCUGUGUCUAAAACCAAAAGUGUUGACAUGAUUAUUGAAGCUUAUGAUGCUGGACAGAGGCAUUUUGGAGAAAAUUAUGUGGUGGAGCUGUAUGAUAAAGCCAGUGAUUUUGAAUUACAGGAUCGGUGUCGUGAUAUCAGGUGGCAUUUCAUUGGACAUUUGCAAAGAAACAAAGUGUCCAAGUUGUUAGAUGUACCAAAUCUUUUUGUUGUCGAAACAGUCGACAGUAUCCGACUUGCAAAAGCCAUAAAUGAAACCUGGCAGAGAUUAAACAAAAUAGAUCCUCUUAAUGUCAUGGCUCAGGUGAACACAAGUGGAGAAGAAAGCAAAAGUGGGUGUGCACCCGAAGAAGUCGUACAGCUGGUGAAGUAUAUUAAAGAAGAGUGUCCCAGAAUUAGCCUGGUUGGUCUGAUGACUAUUGGUUCCUUUGAUCAUGAUCCAAGUACAGGCCCAAAUCCAGAUUUUCAGGCACUGUUCAAAGCUCGAGAAAAUGUGUGCAAGGAAUUGGACAUGAGGCCACAGGAUUUGGAUCUUAGCAUGGGCAUGUCCAACGAUUUUGAACAUGCUAUUGAAAUGGGAAGCACCAGCGUUAGAGUAGGAAGUACCAUAUUUGGAUCUCGAAGUGCACCAGAAACCAGCCAUGAGCACAAAGAAACUGAAUUACACGCUUCUGCAUGA